AUGGAUUGGUUGCUUUGGAUCAAGGUACUGGUAACCGUCGCUCUGGUGGUCUUUGGAGCCAAUUGGCUCUUUGGAGUGCUGUAUUUGAAUGCAAACAGAGAUUUCACCUCUGUGGCGCUUAGCCAGCAAUCUAACGUGGGUAGUGUGCGAAAAGAGAAUGAGACAGCUCAUUAUAGGAACUUUUUGGUCCCCUUGGGUUUCCCAUUGAUUACUGGGUUGAGCUUGUCUCUGAAAUACAAGAUCAGGAAUGGCAAUUUUGGUGAUGUAUGGAAAGCUGUUAUGGAAGUCUCGAACAGGAACUUCGUGCAAUUUACAAAUGACGAGAGGCGUUACUCUUUGGACGCCAUAAAUGGCAUGGCUUUGCAUAUCUUGAAGACGCAAUUUCCUGAGGACACAAAGAAAAUUGGGAUCGUGGUUCCUCCCUCGUCUUUGCAAGGGUUCGUUAUCGCACUUGCGUCGAUGAUGGGCUCUAUAAAAACCUCAUGCCAGCCAAAUUUCUUGAGUUCGGUACCUCGUACCAGGGAUGACGAUUUGGAUGUCCUGGUCAUCGAAUCCUGGAGUGCAUACCGAAUGUUAAAUGGGAGUGAUCGGUGGUAUAAACUCGUUGUAGUGCUUGAAAGUGGGCCUCUACAUGAUAUGCCAAGUAAUGCAAAGACAUGGGAACAGCUUGUAGAGGAUUACAAAGAAAUUACUGUGUUUGAUUACGUUCCACCGGAGGAUAAUUCGGAUGACACUAAAUUAUGGGCCUAUACAACAUCUGCUUGGAAUGCCACGACAAGCUUCACGCAAGGUUGCCUAGUGAGUGGGAUAGCUUCGUUCGUCCAAAACUUUCCAACAGGUCAUGAGCUGUCGAAUAAGGACCAUUUGACUGUGGUUUCGCGCCUAGGGGACUCAAGUUCGGCUAUUCAUCUAUGGCAUAAGGCAUUUGCAGUGUUACUGCAUGGUGGGUCGCUAUCGUUCCUGAGCGAGGCGCUCGCAUUAUCUGAUCUGAGGGAUACCUCUCUUUUAUUUAUCGAGUCCAAAGAUCUGAUGAGAAUCUUGCAACAAAUAAAGGUUAGCUCUAGCUCAAUUAUAAAGAGAGUUGGAUUUGCAUGGGCUACUACUUUAUUAAGUGAGGGUGUCUUCAGUAAGUUGGGCCAAUACUCGUCACCAUCAGUAAACAACUUGCGAUGCGUGUUCUUAGCCGAAUUUGUACGAGAUGCACAGCUGGUAUCCUCCUUUCCAAGGGCUAUGCCAAAGUUUAAACCAGGGGCUUCUAAGCAAUUGUUCACAUCAGAAAUGCUAAAUUUCGCUAGAGCUCACUUGGGUGCCAGAGUUGUGGUGGAGCUUUAUUGCCCAUCCAUUAUUAUGAGCCCUCUUUGCCAAACAAACUUUUACGAUUAUAGAGUUUUGCCUGCUUCAGUGACCUCAAAGUUCUUCUGUUACGGCCCUCUGGCAACCAACUUGGAAGGUAAAAUGGUUAGAAUAGAACAAAAUUCUGAGUUCGAUAUAACCAAAAGGCAGGGCUUGUUGUGCGUCCGUGGAUUUGCCAUCGGAAAACCUGUUGAAGCAGAUCGACUGAAGAACGCCAUGCAUCUUUCCGAAGAAAUUGGUGGCGGCGAAGGUUGGAUGCCUUUGGCUGGUCUAUAUGGCAUUUGGGGACAUGACGGAUGCCUUUACAUCUAUAAAUAA